AUGAAAGACCAACUCUUCAUUUUCGAUACUUCAAGUGAUCCGAAACUAAAGAAAUUCUCAAAUAAUCAUGAUACUUCAACUUCAAAGGAAACAUCAACACCUAAAGCUUUACCCAUUCAAUCCUCAUCAACUUUAUCACCAACAAAACCUAUCGAUCAACCACAAGAUCGAUCCAUCGAUUUCGAUUUAAACGAUUCUGCACCUUCAGCUCGUAGAUAUUGGAAAGAACCUACUGGGAUCACUUGUACUAUUUGUCAGGAACCUGAUCAUUCGGCUAAAAAUUGUGAACAUGAGUUGUGUUUAACUUGUGGUGCAAUAGAUGAACAUAUCACUCGUCUUUGUCCUGUAUCUCUUGUUUGUUUUGCUUGCGGAAGUCGUGGUCAUCUAUCCCGUCAUUGUCCAUCAUCAUCCGAAACUCGUAUUCUAGGAAAAGAUUGUAUAAAAUGUGGAUCAACAAAUCAUCUUAGUUUGAAUUGUCCUUCGAUUUGGAGGUGUUAUGAAGAAAUCAAGAUUCCAAACCGGAAACCCAAAUCAUUGGUCCCAUCCUGUUAUAAUUGUGGUGAUAAUGGGGAUCAUUUUGGUGAUGAAUGUCCAUUUGGUCGACAUGGUCGAUUUAGACCCGAACCAUCGGCUUUUUCAAUACGAGCUUAUCAAACUGAUCAUCAUCGACAUCAUUCAUCUCAUUCUCGAUCAAGUCGAUAUCAUCAUGAUCAUGACGAUCGUUAUACGCUUCCUCCUCCACGUGAUUCUGAUUAUAGAUCACAUGAUCGAUACUCAGACCGACCAGCACCACCAUCACAUCAAUCACGUAGACCUGCACCUUUACCUUAUGAAGAAGAAGAAGAAGAUUGGUUCUCGAAACGAAAUCGAACAACUAAAAAAGACAUUCCAACUGGACCAUCAAAGAAACCUUUACAAAAUAAAAAGAAAAUCAUAACAGAUCAUUGGGAACCUAAACAUCCAUCAAAUCCAAAUCGAAAGAAAAAUCAAUCGAUUUCAAAUAAGAUUGAAAUUAAAACUAAAUUGAAUAAUGGACGUGAUCAAAGUCAACAGUCUGGAAAGAAUGGAAGAGUAGAGGAAAGAGAAGCUGGAGAUAGUUCUUCAAAUAAGAGAGAUAGGAUAGGAGGAACUUAUAAAGGAGGUUAUACAAGGAGAUGA